CACUUAAUCCUGGUUUACCCUUCUCCAUCCACACGCCUGGUCCUCACUCUGCAGCCCUCAAUUCAGUCUCUCCUUGAAAGCAACAUCAUCAGAGGUAAAGAGCAAGCAUGUCUACAGAGCGGUUUGACUGCCAUUACUGCAAGGAGUCCUUGUUGGGAAAUAAAUAUGUUAUGAAGGAGGAUACUCAGUACUGCACUAAGUGUUAUGAGAACUUGUUCUCCAAUUGCUGUGAAGUGUGCUCUCUGCCUAUUGGGUGCAACUGUAAGGAUCUGUCCUAUAAGGAUUGCCACUGGCAUGAGCAGUGCUUCAAGUGUGCCAAAUGCAGCCGCCCUUUGGUAGAAAAGCCCUUUGCAGCUAAGGAUGAACAACUUCUCUGCACAGAGUGUUACUCCCAUGAGUACUCCUCCAAAUGCUCCACCUGCAAGAAAACCAUCAUGCCAGGUUCCCGCAAAAUGGAGUACAAGGGGAACAGCUGGCAUGAGACCUGCUUCCUGUGCCAUCGCUGCCAGCAGCCAAUAGGAACCAAGUCCUUCAUCCCCAAAGACAACGGCUACUUCUGCGUGUCCUGUUUUGAGAAGCAAUUUGCCUAUCAGUGCUGUGCCUGUAAAAAAGCCAUUACGACCGGUGGGGUGACCUACAAUGACAAACCCUGGCACCGUGAGUGUUUCCUGUGCAUCGGCUGUAAGAAGCAGCUAUCAGGACAGCGCUUCACCUCCAGAGAGAACUACCCCUACUGUCUGGACUGCUUUAGCAACCUCUAUGCCAAGAAGUGUGUGGGUUGCACCAAACCCAUCACCAGUCUGGCAGGAGCCAAGUACAUCUCCUUUGAGGAGCGCCAGUGGCACAGCGAGUGUUUCACCUGUAUGCAGUGUUCCGUGUCUCUAGUGGGCCGUGGCUUCCUCACCCAGCGUGACGACAUCCUGUGCACCGACUGCGGCAGAGAGAAGUGACCUCACUGGGGAGAUCGCAACCUUAUGACCUUUUAACAAUCCAGCACAGGUCACACCACACUCGAACCAUACUACAACAUAUUCUGAAACACCUCACCAAAACCCUACACAGCAGGAAGUGACCUCAGCAGAUGGUCACUAUAUUGACCUUUAUAUCGUUCUAUUGUUGUUUCAGUGUUGUGACGUUUGUGAGGAGAGGAGCCUUUGAUGUACACCUGUAGCUUCCCCCUUCAAGAGUAGUAAUAGAAUCUUAUGACACGUUAAAUGUAUGAUUUACAGAAUAAUCUCACUUGUGAUAAUCUAAAUGACAGGGAUGUACUUGACAUCAAUUAAUUUGUCUGCACAUUAGUCUUUGCUGUUUGCAUGUUUUAAUCAUUAUUCAAAUCAAAGUAAUAGUAGUUCAAAUAAGGUGACAAUCUAAAUUGAGUGGUUCAUUUUUUGUUCAAAUCUAAAUUCAGACAUUGAUUUAUGAAUGCAUCUGUGAUGUUAAAUGAAUAGCACCGCUUUGUCUUAAUGAAUAAAGGUAGUGUGGUUA